GCGAACGAAAUGCCUAAACUGCCGCCGUUCGUCUUCCAGGUUGGUUUUCAAACUACUGUUGUCACUUACCGUAGUGAUAAUAGAUUUUUGAUUGUCCUGCCGUGCCCUCAUAGAUGUUCCUUGAUUCUUGUUGAUUGCUGGUCUGUGUUGCUGCGGUUGUUGAUGGCGGGGGAUGUCGAAGAAAACCCCGGCCCUACUACGGCCCAGCAGCUACAGACUAUUUUGGAAAAUCAGGCAGCAUUUGACCAAAGGCUAAGGGAACUUGAAAACAGAAGUAGACGCAAUAACCUCUUGGUUUUUGGCGUAAAGGAAGGCAGCCCGGAAUCGGAGUCAGACCUGAAAGUUUCUGUAGUCGACAAUAUAUUUGGCAAAAAACUGAACGUCCAUGUUAAAACAAUAGAAAGAAUUCAUAGAUUGGGCAAGCAACGGCCGGGGCAUAUUAGACCAGUCAUAAUGAGGUUCUACGAUUUUAAAGAAAAAGAUGCUAUACUCCGAAACUGCAGCAAACUAAAGGGAACUUCUAUUAGCGUGAGCAAUGAUUAUUCGAAGGAGACGGUUGCGGUGCGGAAAAAGUUGUGGGACAGCGCAGCUGCGGACAGGGGCAGCGGAAAGAAGGUAUCGCUAGUUUAUGACAAAUUGAAGGUAGGCGAAAGCUUAUUUACUUGGGACUACAACCGAGAUGAACGCCAACCAUGUCGUAAGGAGCGGUAUGCUAAAGGAUCGCCAGCAGCAACGCGCAACUCUGAUAGCUUGGCGGCGCCCCGGUGGGAGGGGCAGUGGCUGCACCGUCACAUGCGUAGCUAG